AUGCAUAGGAAAUCGUGGUAUAAGCACAUUGUGCUUAUCUACUUCUGUGGGUUAGGAACUCAAGAAGAGUUCAAAAAAUUCUAUUCAAAAUGGUUGCUCAAAAGAUCACCGUCUGUCCGCGAGGAGACGAUAACGGAAAUAAGUUCAAGUCGAAUACCAAAAGACAUGGUUUUUUCGCAAACGAGUGUCAAUACUCAACAACUUUUGAAACUGGUAGAGAUAAAUCGCUUAAAGUCCGAAAAGAAUCAACAGGUGAACGAUCCAACCGGAGUGAUUAUCGGCGGAACUACCGACUCACCUUUGUCAUCGCCCCUGGCCAGUACGAGCUUUUCCGAGGAAUUUCUGGAAACGGAGCCUUUAUUCGCGAAUACAAUGUUACACGAAACGGACGGCGAGUUCUUCCAAAGCCUGGCGCAAUGGUGCGCCGCGGAGGAGGAAGUAGUACAGUCCAUUGAUCCCCAAAAAGUAAGUGAAGAAAGGGCACAUAAAACCGACACACUGCACACACAAUUCUCACCACAAGGUUGGGAAAUUUUCGACGCUAACUCACCGUCAGCGCAUACUAUACAGUCGUACCCAGUCUCGCCCAACACGGACGGGUUUAACAAUUCAUACAUAGAUUACUUCAAUAACACACAUUUGAACAACAAAAUACCUUUUCAAGAGCAAUUUGUUGACAUCAACGAUUUGCCAGUAGUUAUAAGUGACUUAGCGUCAGAAAACGUCGACAUCAACAUGUCGAUGGAGCCAUGGGAAGAAUAUGGCUACACAAAACAAAACAUACACAACACAAUGCCCUUCAUACACCAAGACGACUCAAUGGACAAGAAACUGGUGUCAGUUAUACCACGGGAGGUAGAGAGAAACGACAUGAUCAUAUCGGAGUAUAUCAUCGACGAUGGGUUCAAGGCGCCGGCCAUCGCGGCCGCAACCCCGGCGCGGCGCGGCGGCCUGUCCGUGGACGUGCACGCGCCCGCCUUGCCCGACGCCAUCAGUACCCCUGAUGUUCUCAGCUUUGUUGAGCAAUUGGAGAGAGAAAAAUCCAUUGUACCAAGCUCGAACACCAUUCAGGAACAAGCGCAACCAAUAUUUAAAGAAAGCUCCAGUGCCGACAAUUCUCCGCAAACCAUAGACUAUUUCUUUAACUCCCCCAAAAGCGAACCUCGAGAGGACUCUGAAGAUGAAACACCAAGAAAACAAGAAAGAACCGGCAGAAAAAGGCAACGGCAUGAUAGCGAAGGGUCCGACGAAACAUAUACUCCAUAUAAAGAACAUCAUACACCUAGGAAAUACCGUCCCAGGAAAGCUAGUGUGCCUAUAAAAGAUAUGAUAAAGGCACUAGAAGGGGCACAAAAGGAUGCACCAAAAUCACGUCGAGGGAGACCUCCUAAAAUGCAAAGGAGAGACAGUACAGUGUCUACAGUCAGUAACAACUCGUCAAUGUCAACACAUGAGAUGAAGUACAGGGAACUAAGAGACAAAAAUAAUGAAGCUUCAAAAAGAUCUAGGAUGAACAGGAAGCUGAAAGAGCUGCAAAUGGAACAACUAGCAGAUGAUUUAGAAAAACGAAACAACAAAUUGAGGGUUGAAGCAGACAUGUUGAGCCAAAGGAUUAAUGAACUCAGGAAGACGUUCAUGUUGGCCGUGUCACAAAAAAAAGUU